AUGCCUCAAAACUCACCCAUAAUCAUUUGGGCAAUUAGAAUACUAUACUCGAUAAAUUAUAUACUUCUAGUUGGGUUUGCCGCCGUGCUACCUAUUGAUUGUAUUGCACAGGCAUCUAGAUCUUUAAACAAUGCUUUGAAUACUUUUAUUGUGGUUGGUGCCUUAGUCGUUUUUGCGAUAGUGUGUAUUGUGAUUGUUGCUGGGCGCUCAUUAUAUUUUAGAAGUUGUUUACAAGAUAUUCCAAGAGGUUAUAUUCCUCUAUCUGCUGCUGAUCUUCCCCACAGUGCUAGUAGAAAACUCGUCAUAGCAAAUAUGACUUACAGCAAAGAUUUAGGGUUAAUUUUUAAGCAACCCCAAGAUCCAGUAAUACAUCCAGGUAUUGAACCUCCUUUGAGGUGCGACGAUCCUUCUGUGGAGAAACUGUUUCCAGAAAAUUUAAACUAUGAGCUUUGCAUUAAAAAUAUAUCUGAUAGAGUUAAGUUCAAGGGUCAGUUUUUGAAUCUCAACAUUAAAAGGGUACCUGCAUUUUUUACUUUUGAAGAUGUUGUAAAAUAUGAAUUCAUAACAGAUAGCCAUGAUCCGAUAACUAUUGAAAAAGCACAGAGAUUAAUUUCCUUAUAUGAAACUUUAAGAUACUCAGGACGAGCUAUAACUAGGGAGGAUUUCCAAGAAUUUAUGGAGUUGUGCUUUUACCUUAUGGAAACUACAUUGUUACAGGAUAAAGACAAUAUUGACAUAAGUAAACUCCAUUCCAAAAUUUCAAACACAUUUGAUCAACUUUCAAGAGAAGACACCCAAUCAUUUACAUCAGAAGAUAAACCAAAUGAAACCAUGGCUCAACAUAUGACUUCAUUGAAAAGUAUAAUAUCGAAGACCGCAACACAGUCAUCAAAAAAUAACGAUACAGUAAUUGCUUCUAAGAAAUCUAAGCUAUCUUUAGUAUCAGCAUCAUCUAAAAAUGGAAUAUCUGAUGUAAAGAGUUUUGACUCAGUUAUUCGUCAUUAA